CUAACCAGUAACCAAGAAGAAAGGCCAAGUAUGCUACGCUCUUCGAAAAUUUCCUUAUUCCAGAAGAAACUAUCAUUUAGGCACUUCUCGCACAUGGGUUCUCUCAAAAAGCCAAAAAGAUCGCUUAACCGAAGCAAAGCUGUGAUGGAGCAGAAGAACUCUGGUCUGGAACUGGAGAAUAGCAUCUAUGCAAUUCUGACAAUUAGCAGAUGGGAGUCUUUAAAUCAAAUGAAUUACAAACGGGUUUCCCUCAGGCCAGUUCAUGGAAGGCUAGCUUUGAAAUUUCUCAAUUGGGUAAUCAAACAACCUGCCUUUCAACAACUCAAGAACCUCACUUAUGUUUACUGUAUAACUGUUCAUAUACUAGUUAAAGCAAGGAUGUAUGCCUCUGUAAAAUUGAUUUUGACGCAAUUAUCUGAGAUGGGUAUUGGCCCCAACUCCAUUUUUGUUGCUUUGAUGGACACUUACCCUCUUUGUAAGUCAAAUCCUGCUGUUUUCGACCUUUUGAUUCGGGUUUACUUGCAAGAAUCUUUGGUUAAGGAUGCCUUGGAGAUUUUUCAUUUGAUGGGGGCGCGGGGUUUUAGGCCGUCUGUUAAUACUUGUAACAUGAUUUUAGCUGCGAUGGGGAAAGACAACCGGGCAGGAUCAGGGUCUGCUUGGUUACUUUUUAAGGAAAUGCUUCGGAUGAAUGUGUGCCCAAAUGUUGGUACUUUUAAUGUACUUUUGAAUGUUCUUUGCCUUAACGGGAAGAUUAAGAAAGCUGGACAUCUUGUUUGGAAAAUGGAAGAGGGUGGUUAUGUCCCAACUUUGGUUACUUACAAUACAUUGCUCAAUUGGUACUUCAAAAAGGGAAGAUACAAGGCAGCUCUCGAGCUGCUUGAUCACAUGGGUCAUAAGGGUCUUGAAGCAGAUGUGUGCACAUAUAACAUGUUUAUAGAUAAUUUGUGUCAAAACAAUAGGAGUGCUAAAGGUUACUUGUUGUUGAAAAAGAUGAGAAAAAGGAUGGUUUCUCCCAAUACGGUCACUUAUAAUACUCUCGUUAAGGGGUUUAUUAGGGAAGGGAAGACUGGAGUUGCGGUUCACGUUUUCAAUGAGAUGUUGAACUUUAGGAUUUCUCCAAAUAUUGUAACUUAUAAUGCUUUGAUUGAUGGGUAUUGUCGGGAAGGUAGUUUCAACGAAGCUAUAGAACUUCUCAACGAGAUGGAAGAAUGGGGAUUAAGGCCUAAUGAAUUUAGUUAUGGUGUUGUUUUGGAUGGCUUGUGUAAGCUUGGAGAGUUAAAUUCAGCUUUUAGCCUUUUAGAACGCAUGAAAAUGAACGGAAUUCUUGUUAAUCAUAUUCCCUAUACAAUGUUAAUCCAUGGAUUUUGCAGAAGUAAGAUGCUCAAAGAAGGUGUGCAAGUUCUUGAUAAAUUGAUACAAAAUGGUGUCGAUCCUGAUGUCGUUACAUAUUCAGUACUCAUAAAUGGGUUUUCUAGAGAAGGGAAGUUAAAGAAUGCAAAGGAGAUGAUGUGUAAAAUGUAUAAAUCAGGUGUGACACCAAACAAAGUGAUAUAUUCUACAUUGAUGUAUAAUUGUUGCAUCCAUGGAAAGGUAAAUGAAGCGAUGCAAAUUUAUGCGACUAUGAAUCGGGAUGGUCAUGAUCCGGAUCUUUUCCUAUGUAACAAACUAGUUGCUGCAUUUUGUAAAAGUAAAAGAGUGGGAGAAGCAAUGGAAUUAAUGAAGCACAUGGGUAGGAUUGGUAUUAUUUCUAACACUGCAACUUUUGACUGCAUUAUAAACUGCUAUGUAAGCAUGGGAAAUGGAUUAAAGGCGUUGUCUUUAUAUGAAGAAAUGGUCAAUUUGGGUCAUCAACCUAGCUCUUAUACGUACGGAACUCUACUAAAAGCACUUUGUUACGGUGGGAAUUUUGAAGAGGCGGAGAAAUUCUUGAACAAAAUCCGUUGCAUUCCACAUGCUUUAGAUGUUGUUGCUUACAACAUGUUACUGGCUGAGAUUUGUAGAUCGGGCAACUUACAAGCUGCUGUUUUCUUGGUGAAAGACAUGGUCCGUAACAAUGUGAUUCCUGAUAGUCAUACUUAUACUUGUAUUUUGGCCAGUUUGUGUAAGAAGGGUAAAAUGGUCAGUGCCAUUCUUCUUUCGGAACACUGGAUGCAAAAGGGAGCUCUUUUGCCCAACCAUGUCACUUACACAUGCUUAAUUGACGGUCUUUUUAAAGUGGGACAGCCAAAGACUGCUGCUUUUUACCACGAGAAGAUGGUAGGAGAGGGCCUCGUUGUUGAUACAAUUCUACUCAAUGUACUUAUGGAUGGUUAUUCGAGAAUGGGAAACAUGUCUAUGGUUUAUGGUUUAUUUUCUAGGAUGAGAGAUGGAAGUUUAUCACCUAGUUUGGCUACAUAUAACAUUCUCUUGCAUGGGUACUCAAAACAACAGGAUAUAUUGAGUUGCUUUGCAGUAUAUGGUACCCUUUUGAGAGAAGGUUUUGUUCCUGAUAAACUAACAUGUCAUGCCCUAAUUUACGGACUUUGUAAUGUGGGUAUGCUUGAUUUUGCAGUCAAGAUCUUGAAAAAUAUGAUCUUGAAAGGUACAAUUGCUGACAAAUGUACGUUUGAUAUGAUAAUCUCUGAAUGCAGCAAUAGGCGGCAAAUUGUGAAAGCUUCUGAAUUGUUGGAUAUUAUGAGUGCGUUUAGAGUUUUUCCGGAUCAAGAUACGUUCAAUAUCUUUCUUAAAGGAAUCAAAGAAAAGUAUGGUUGCCGACCCGCUCAUUCUUUUCUCAAUGAGAUGAUGGAGAAAGGUUUUGUUCCUAGUGAAAAACAAAUUGUUCGUUUAAUUACCCGUAUGUGUAGUGUGGGAAAUGUCAAAAGGGCGAUUAAGCUAAAAAGUGAAAUCCAAGCACUUGGUGUCCCAUCACGUAAUGUAGCCGAGAGUGCUAUGGUUCGAGGACUUGUGCAGAAAGGAAGAGUUGAAGAAGCCCUUUUGGUAUUUGAUUGUAUGCUUAGAGCGAAUCUUGUUCCUACACCUGCUACUUUUACCACUUUGAUGCAUUCCUUUUGCAAAAAACGCGACUUCGUUGAGGCGUUGAAGUUAAAACACAUUAUGGAAAUACAUCAUGUAAGAUUUGACGCUGUUACCUACAACGUUCUGAUAACGGGCUUUUGUGGUAAUGGUGAUUUGGUCGAAGCAUUGAAGCUAUACAAAGAGAUGAAGAAAAGAGGCAUUUGUCCCACAGUCACCACAUUUGCUGUUCUAGUCGAGUCUUUUUGCAAGGAAAAUGAUUUCCCAGAUGGGGAUACGAUUUUGAUGGAUUUAUGCAAAAGGGGUUUGUUAUCGGAAGAUGAGAUCACUCAAGAUACGGCCAAUACUUUUUACGUUGCUUUGAAGAAGUUGAACAUCUUAAGGCACAAGAGAAACAGAAUCAACUUCUCAAGGACACCGAGUGCCAAGAAACAACUUCCUGUGAAUACCGGGUUUGUUAGAUCAACGGGCUUGUAGAUUUGGUGAUUAUGUUUGGGAUCUUGUAUGAUGAUACGGCUCGGUGUUCCAAAGCUUUUGCUUAAUUAUGGUAAGUCAUCUGUUAUUUACUAAUCAUAUAUAACACAACCUUCCCAUGGCUGAAAAGAUGAAACUGCACUCCGUUCUGCUUCAAAAUUCGACAACUGUAUCUGAUUGAUUGCUAAGUUCGCCCCCUUUUCCUUUAUACGAGUAUAUCCUCUUAAUUUAUGUUUCGUUAUAUUAAGCAGAAUCAUAUGAAACCUUAAGGCGAGAGGUUGAUGAAACAGAAGCUCAUUCUUAGCCAGUUUGUGUUGGUAAAUGAAGCAUUGGGCAUUUUCAUAUAUCUGCUGCUUGUAUAUAUGGUUCAAGGUACAGAUGAUAUAUAUUUUUGUGAUUUGUAUAUAGAUACUGAUGAAAUAAUUUAACUAGGAAAAAGGAGCAUUUCAUUCUUAGACGAAGGAUCGUGUGAGAAGGAAAGUUAUGAUGAGAAGCAUAAGAAGAGAUCUGAACCCUUGAUCACUUUUGAUCUCAUGCCCACCAUGAAUUCCGCUUUAGAAGGGAUUUGGUCUGGUGCAUCUCGUUGCACCUUAUUAGUGUUGACAUUCAAUUAAGAUUGA